CUACGUGGUAUCCUCAAGCUCCGAUACUUUUCUCGGGUCUGUGUUAUCCAAGAGCUUCUUCUGUCACAGCGCGUUGUCAUCCGCAUUGGAGAUGUGGAUUUCUGGGCCGACCCUGCUAUGGCCACUCAUUUCUCGAUGAAGCUCCCAGGAUGGGACUGGAGGACCACCGCGGCGACCUGGGACCGCAUUUUCGGGCUACUGGGCAUUUUGCCCGAGUUGAAGGCUCAGAACCCAAACCAGAGACCUGAAAUCAAUGAUUGUCUUUUGAACAUCAAAGGGGAGAUUCCGGCUGACUACUCGCUCUCGUGUCAACAAAUAUUUAUUGGCCUCUUUGCCUAUUGCCUGCUCAGUAAGAAUCAACCAAAUAUCCUCUACCACGCAUUAUGUCUUCCGCGGAGCAAGCUCAAUUAUCCUACGUGGGUGCCGGAUUGGGCAUCAUCGACUACUUGGAUGAUUCUAUUUCUAGCACCCAGAUUAACAAGUGAAGAUUUACUUGAAAAAAUCAGAGACUUGACAGAAAACAGGCAUGCAGGAGGGGAGGGGAGCUUCCUGUUUCCGAACAGAGUUAAGUUUGAUAUAUAUGAGCUCCGGGGACUUAGUUACAGAUACAUUAGAGAGGAACGAGCCUUUAUCAAUGCCUCGACUGCGAGUUUGAACAUCAAUCUGACGCAAUAUAUGGUCAUUUCUCGUACAUUAGAGCGAGUCGGGACUAUCAGCGCGCUACACCUCUUCCGCCUACGUUGUGAUUAUUUCAGCGUCUAUAUAGUAUCUGAGGAGAGACUGAAUAGAGUCCUUACGGGACAGGGGAACGAAGAGUUGUUCAUCUUAAACAUAGAUGACUGUUCAUUCAUAUACCUCUUACUGAGACGCCAGAUGGACGAGCAUGGAGCCGUGACAUAUAAGCUCAUUUCGAACUGCCCCCGGGUGCAAAUUCUGAUGUUCACGCAGCGAAGUGCGAACGAGAUAACAAUAAUGCGAGCGUUGCAGCUUAGUGAUCUGCAAUACAGCGUAUACGAUGUCAUUGGGAACUGUAGGGAGAUUCUUGACAAUGCAUUUAGGAAUCAUCUACUAGAACGGUGGGACACAGGUAUCUUGGUAGGGAUCAGGGCAAUACGUGAUCUUGUGCCCGUCCUCAAGCAGCUAUACGCACAACGACCGCAACAAGACAUGAGCCUCCAUUGGCCCAGAUAUUUCAUAGACGCUGAAAAUCCACGUUUGCUACACACGAUCGGCGAAACGUUCAUCCAGUGCGUUGACCAGAAAUUCUCCCCCCAAUUCAACGGCAAAUGCGUCACCUUCUCCAUGUCAAUCUCGUGGAAGGAAAUCUGUCGCAUAUACCUUUUUAGGAGUCAUAUUUCAGACAAUCAACAUAAAAUCUAUAAAUACAAAAUCAAGGAUUCUAGAUCCGCAUGGGAGUCUCCCUACAUCUCACCCCCAACUUACGACAACUUACUAGAUUCCAGCGUGGAGCGUUGGCUGGAGAUCCAAUUCCCAACUUCGUGGGUUGUCCGUCUUUUGACCACGAAUCCUGUUUGGCGCAUUUCAGAAUUGUUUGAAGAUAUGUACAUGUUGUCAGAUCAUUUAGGGACGAUAGGAGAGGACUUGUGGUCAUUGGUGGUGGAGGGAUCAGAACAUGAUUCUGACCUUCGAUUUGUUGGCUUUCCGAGCCAUAUGCCAUUUCCCGAUGCGUACCUACAAGUUACAGAUCUGUAUGCUCAGUUAGGAAUGAAGAGGAACACGUUCAUGGUGCGUAUCGAG